AUGUCUCAAACAGCCACGCUUACCAAGGCUGAAAAGCCCAUAAGCUACGAUAUCAACAUUCCUUACGUCAGUGUCUCUGAUCACUCCAAGCGAAACGUCAAAUAUCCCGAGUAUUUGCCCACCUGGGACAAGGUGUGGUUCGACCCGCUGCCUCCAUUCGAGUAUCAAGACCCCGCUCUCCGCGUGCAGGACAAGUCUAAGCCCAACUUGCUGUCGUCCGCCACGAAAGUAUCGCAUAUUCAGCCCAGCAUCGGCAGCAUUGUUGAAGGCGUGCAACUAAACAAGCUUUCUGACACUGCCAAGGAUGAGCUCGCGCUGCUCAUAUCCGAGCGCAAAGUGCUUGCGUUUCCCGAUCAGGACCUUAUUGAUGCUGGACCGGAGGAACAGUAUGCCUUCAUGCGCCACUUCGGCAAGCCGAAUUACCAGCCCAUCUCCGGCUCGAUGAAAGGAUAUCCAGGGUUUCAUAUCAUUCACCGCGAUGGCAAUGUGGAUGAGAUCAACCGUUUCCUCGAGCAGCGAACCACCACAACGCUAUGGCACCAAGAUGUGAGCUACGAGAUCCAGCCCCCAGCCUAUGUCAUGCUGGGCCUUCUCCAGGGCCCAGAUGUGGGUGGAGACACUGUCUUUGCCGCCACAGACGCUGCGUAUAAGAGACUGUCUCCCACUUUCCAAGCCUUUAUCGACGGUCUCAAGGCUGUGCAUUCCUCCGCUAAAAUGAUUGCCCACGCCAGACUAACGGGUAGCUUGGUGCGUAAGGAUCCGGUGGAGACUGUGCACCCGCUUGUGCGCGUGCAUCCUGUGACGGGUGAAAAGUGCUUGUUCAUCAAUGGCGAAUUCAUCACCAGAAUCCAGGGACUUAAGGAAGCUGAGUUCCGGGUGCUCCAGGACUUCCUCAUGCAGCAUCUUAUCACAGGCCAUGACUUCCAGGCCCGGGUGCGGUGGCAGCCCCGUACUAUCGUUCUAUUUGACAAUCGGUCGACCAUACACUCUGCCAUUGUCGAUUACAUCGAUGAGGAGCUUGGCGCAAAACCACGUCAUAUCUUCCGGCUUUGCGCGCUCGGUGAGAAGCCUUCCCCAGUAAGCCCUCAAACUGCGUCGACAGAAUAA